AUUUAAAUCCAGAAAUAAUUCCACUUUUAUCGAAAUGGAAUUAUCCAUCAAGACAAAUUGAUACAGACAAUUUGUCAACUGGAUUAUCACGUCACAAAGUAAAUACAAAGUGGGAAAAUUUGUGUCAUCAACACACUGAAGAUUUUUCACUGAUAUCAUUUGUAUUGUAUUCAACUAAUCCAGUCAAAGCGCGAGUUUCUUAUCGUCAUUGGUUCGUAAUAUUAAAAAAAAAAAGUGGGGCCAGCAUUCGAUACACAUCAGCAGCAUCAUCAUAUAUAAAAGCUAAAUAAUCAUCAUUAGGCCCCAGUGUUCGUUUAGCUUCAAAUCGUGUUUCAAGUUGGUGAAUACUCCCCAAAAAAAAAAAAAAAAAAUCAAAAUAAAAAAUACAUCCUCACAAACAAUUUAUCAAUAUUUUUGUUUUCAAAUUUUUUGGGAUUAAUAGUUUUUUUCAUAGAUAAAUAAUCAAGUUUAUCAUGAAAAUUAAAUCACCAAGCUGUUGUUUGCGGAUCCAACAAAGAUGGGUAUUUGCAAUAAUGGGUUUUAUGGCAUUAUUUAAUGCAUAUACAAUGCGUGUUUGUUUAUCAAUAACAAUAACUGAAAUGGUUAUACCAAUAAAUGAGACACAAUCAUCAAAUGGUGAUACAUAUGCAUGGGAUGAAUCAACCCAAGGAAUAAUAUUAUCAUCAUUUUAUUGGGGAUAUGUUAUAACCCAUUUACCAGGUGGUUUAUUAUCAGAAAAAUUUGGUGGUAAAUGGUCACUUGGUCUUGGUAUAUUAUCAACAGCAUUAUUUACAUUAUUAACACCACUUGCUGUUAAAUUUGGUGAUUCAACAGCUUUAAUUAUUGUUAGAAUAUUGAUGGGUCUUGGUGAAGGUUUUACAUUUCCUGCAUUAAAUACAAUGUUAUCACAAUGGACACCACCAGAAGAACGUUCGAAAAUUGGUUCAAUGGUAUUUGCUGGUGCCCAACUUGGUACUGUAUUUACAUCAACAAUAUCUGGUUUAAUAUUACAUUCAACUAGUUGGCCAGUGGUAUUUUAUGUAUUUGGUACAAUUGGUGUUAUAUGGUUUAUAAUGUGGACAUUAUUAUGUUAUAAUAAUCCAAGUGAACAUCCAUUUAUAAGUGAAUAUGAACUUAAAUUUUUACAUGAUAGAAUGAGUCAACAUACACAUAAAAAACCACCACCAGUACCAUGGAGACAUUUAUUUACAUCAGCACCAGUAUGGGCACUUAUUGCUGCACAAAUUGGACAUGAUUGGGGUUUUUUUACAAUGGUUACUGAUUUACCAAAAUACAUGAGUAGUGUACUUGAAUUUUCAAUAAAAGAUAAUGGUUAUUUAACAUCAUUACCAUAUUUAUGUAUGUGGAUAUGUAGUAUUGUAUCAUCAUGGUUUGCUGAUUGGAUUAUAACAGUUGGUUAUAUAUCACGUACAAAUGUACGUAAAAUUGGUACGACAAUUGCAUCAGUUGGUCCAGCAUUAUUUAUUGUUGGUGCAUCAUAUGUUGGAUCUGAUAAAUUUUUAGUUGUAACAAUGUUUACAAUUGGUAUGACAUUAAUGGGUACAUUUUAUCCUGGUAUGAAAGUUAAUGCACUUGAUUUAAGUCCAAAUUAUUCUGGUUCAUUGAUGGCUAUUGUUAAUGGUAUUGGUGCAUUAACUGGUAUUAUAACACCAAUUAUUGUUGGUGAACUUGCACCGGAGAGUACAAAUUCACAAUGGCGUCUUGUAUUUUGGAUUGUACUUUGUGUAUUUUUUGUUACAAAUAUUAUAUUUGUAACAUGGGCAAGUGGUGAAGUACAAUACUGGAAUGAUCCAGAAUUUGUUAAUGAUGACAGAGAAAAAAGAAAAAAUGAUAAAAUGAGAGAAGCACAAGGUGAUAUUACAUUACCUUGAUGAUUAAAUUUAUUAAGAACAAAUGAUAGAUGAUUCUACUUUUUUUUUUCAUCCAUAUCUUGGUUUGUUAUCGUUUUUUUUUCUUUGAAAAAAAAGUGUAAAAAAAAAAGCAAAGAACAAAAAUUAUCACAAGGAUCGCAAGAUGAUCGGACUGACUGUACUGGAUAACAAUCAAUCAUUCAAUUGAUAUCAAUUUUUUAAAAUGUAUGUUCAUUUAUGUUUUGAUAACAUAUUUAUUUCAUAUUUGUUGUGAUUGAUUGUGUAAUCCUCUGGUUUAACAACCUAAAUAUGUAUAUAUUAUUAUAAACUUUGAAUUUUAUUAUUUAUAAUUAUAAUUACGACACAAAUAAUAUUUAUAAAUUUAUAUUUUUAACUAGAAUUCUCUUUGAACAUUUUAGUGUCAUGAUUUUUUUUUUUUUUUCUGUUAAUGAUCUUUUGAAAUUCCUGCUCAAUAAUUUGUAUAUUUUUAUGAUUGUAUUUUCAUUUUUUUAAUUUUACUUCAUUACACAAGUAGAAUUUUUAUGUCUCUAUUUGAACAUACCGGUAUUUAACUUAUCAGUUUAAAUCAUUGGCUGAUUUUUUUUAUCGUCUUGCUGACAAUUUUUUUUUUUUAUCCAUUAUUCACACAUAAACUGAUGAAAUUUAAUUAUUUACAACUUAAAGAAUGCUGUUAUCAUUUAUAGUUAUAAACUGAAUAUUUUUUUUUUUUUUUUUU